AAUCUUUCAUUCGCUCGCUGCAAAACCCUACUGAACCAGUGAUAUUGGAGUGUAGCUGAUUAGCUUUGAGCUGCUUAGAGAUCACCAUUGCUUUGGAUUCAGUGGCUGCGGCGCACAGUGUUCAAGGGAUUGCAUAGCCGCCAUGGAUGUCAGCAAGCCCAAAAAGAAGAAAUCUUUGUCCCCCGGGGUCUGCUAUUUGGGUAGGAUCCCUCCUCGCAUGGACCACAAAGUCGUUCGUCACUUGCUUUCUCCCUAUGGAGAGUUGGAUAAGAUCUAUCUUGUACCCAGAAACCCUUCUGCUCAGGUCAAAAAACGUGACCGCCCCGGUAAACACCAAAUGGAUAGUUAUUCAGAAGGGUGGGUUGAAUUUAAAGAUAAAAGGGUUGCUAAGAGAGUUGCUAAUAUGCUAAAUGGUGAAAAAAUAGUGUCUGCUUGUUUCAUCAGUAUAGGUGGGAAGAAGAGGUCUGCUUUCUACUAUGAUCUUUGGAAUAUCAAGUACUUGAGUAAAUUCAAGUGGGAUGAUCUUACUGGAGAGAUAGCUUUCAAGAACGCCGAGCGGGAGCAAAAGCUAGCUUUAGAAAUUUCUGCUGCUAAGAAGGAGCAGGAUUUCUACAUCUCUAAGGUUGACACGUCUCGUAAGUUGAGUGCCAUAGAAGAAAGAAUGAAGAAGAAGCGGAAGGUCCAAGAGGAGUCAGGAACCACUCCUGAUGUGCCUGUAGACCAGCCACUGAAGGUAGUUCGCCAAUUUCGACAGAAAACACCAGUUGCAGAUCGUGCUGCAGAAAAGAAACCUUCAGUCUCUAGAGAUCUAUUGGCAGGGGUAUUUGGUAGUUCUUAGUGCUCAACUUUCACCUCAAGCGGAGGAGCUUGAAAGCCGAAUUCCAAGGUGUUUGAAGUUGUAUUGCUCCUGAUUGUGGUCGUGCUUUGAGUUCUGGUUUUGGUUUAGUUCAAUUUUGUUUGUGAUUAGCGGGGAGUAUGUUCUGUAUUUGGAUCACAAAUUCCAGCAUACAGUAGAAACUAUCUAUAACAUUCUAUUACGAUUUACGAAUCACCUUUCAUUGUUGUUCUU